GUCAGGCGGUUCCCGGAUGCACCAAACAGAAACAUGGAACGGGUAGUGGUGGAAGUGCCGAUCAACAACGGUUUUUCCCUCGCUGGCCCCUCCACAACCCCACGAAAGCGUCAGGUGCGUUUUUCAGCGCGGCACGACAUCAUCCUUUUACGGGAGGUUAUCGCCCAGAACCCCUUCGCCUCCAAAGAGCCAGGGCGGAUCUGGGCCCGUGUGGGGGAGAUCAUCACUGCAGCCCUCCAAGAUGAAAACUUUGAGGUGGAUGCCAGGAGGUGCAGGGAGAGAACCAUGCUGCUGCUGGACUACUACAAGAAGCAAGACUUUCCCAGUCUACGCAGAUUUGGAACUGAGAGGUUGUACGCCCAAAAGGAAGAUUUGCUGCAUGAGGUUUUGGAGCUGGAGGCUGAGAAGGGGCUCCUGGCCGGCGGGGAAAACACAAAGUACCAGGAUGAUGAACUGAGAAAGCGAGGCCUAGAAGAACUAACUCUGCCAGAGCAGGACAAACCCAACAUCACCAUCACGCAAACACCUGCUGCAGCAGAAGCAGAGGAAGAUCGCGAGGAAAUGGCAGAGCUUUCAGCGGCGCCCACAGCAAAGCGGCCCUGUCAGUGCUGCUGCCAGACCUACUCGGAGAUCCUCAGCUUCCUGGAGAAACGCUCAGAGGCGGAGCAGCGGCUACGAGAGGAGGAACUCGCCUUGCGCCGGGAAGAGCUGGAGAUUCAAAGGAGUAAGAUCACUCUGGAGAGGGAACGUCUGGGAGCUGAGAGAAAAGAGAGGGAGCGGAGGUUUGAGCUGGAGAGCCAAGAGAGGCAGGUCAUCUUAGACCUGCUAAAAGAAAAGGUGCUGAAAGGCUGA